UGUCAUAUUUUCCCUUUUAGAUCUACUCCUUGCUCCAGAAGCUUUGGCUUGAAAAUUUUGCGGGAAGCUUUCUGACCUCCGAAGCUUCAAGUGGAUCGAGGAUACACACCCCACCCCCCCUUUCUUCUGGUAUAAAAGCCCUCUAAGCUUCCUUAACUCCAGAACCAUCAGUUUCCAUACAAAUCUUUCCCAUAAGCAUGUUUUCUCUAACAAGCAUGCCUUCAACAACGUCAGUUCUAUCAACAUAUACCUCCUUCGCUGCAUCCGCAAUGCUGGUCCGGAGUAUGAUCAAUGAGGUCAAAACCAUAACCAGCCAGCUCAUGCCGCAGCAACUCCAAGAGAGUUUCUUAUCGAGGCUUGCAGGCCUUUUUGGAAAUCUCUCGUCUGAAAUGACUCUCAUCAUUGAUGAAUACAGUGGGCUUUCCAUCAAUGAAAUUUACCAGGCUUCUGAAGUCUAUUUGACCACAAGAAUCACCCCCUCAAUCGGACAGCUUAAGGUUUCCAAGACCCCGCGUCAGAAGAACCUCUCCAUCACUAUCAACAGAGGAGAAAAGAUUAUCGACAUAUUCGAGGGAAUACAUUUCACAUGGGAAUUCGUUUCCACUGAAAAGCAGAAAUCACAUUAUGAUUUCGAAAGCUAUUCCCAGUCAACAGAAGUGUCUGAACAUAGAUCAAUUAAGCUCAGUUUCUCCAAGAAAUACCGGGAAAUGGUAUUGAGCACUUACCUGCCAUAUGUAGCAGACAGAUCGAAGGCCAUACAAGAAGAAAAGAAGGCGGUGAAACUCUAUUCACUGGGACAAUUCAACGGAGAGUAUGAUGGAUCUCCAUGGGGAUCAAUUCAUCUUGAACACCCAUCCACUUUUGACACACUGGCAAUGGAUCCCAAGCAAAAGAGAGAGUUGAUGGAUGACUUGGACAGGUUCGUAAAGAGACGAGAAUUUUAUAAAAGAGUGGGAAAGGCAUGGAAACGUGGGUAUCUGUUGUAUGGCCCUCCUGGUACAGGCAAGUCAAGCUUGAUAGCAGCCAUGGCUAACUACCUGAAAUUUGACAUCUAUGAUUUGGAGCUUACAAAUCUUCGUAGCAAUUCAGAGCUCAGGAGGCUGUUAGUCUCUGCUGCAAAUCGAUCUAUUCUCGUAAUUGAGGAUAUUGAUUGUAGCGUUGAACUGAAAGACCGACAAUAUGAAGGAUUCGAUCAUGGCGAUAGCCAGCUAACACUAUCUGGGUUGCUUAAUUUUAUUGAUGGGCUAUGGUCGAGCUGUGGAGAUGAGAGAAUUAUUGUGUUCACAACCAACUACAAAGACAGAAUAGACCCUGCUUUGUUAAGGCCAGGCCGCAUGGACAUGCACAUCCACAUGUCAUAUUGCACUCCAUGCGGGUUCAAGAUCCUCGCUGACAACUACCUAAGACUCAAAAGUCACUGCCUGUUCAGUGAAAUAGAAGGACUCCUAAAGGAGGUGGAGGUCACCCCAGCAGAGGUUGCAGAAGAGCUGAUGAAAAGUGACGACGCUGAUAUUGCCCUUACAGGACUGGCUGCCUUCCUUCAACAGAAGAAGCAGAUGAUGAAAUGCACUGAAGAAUCUAAAUUGGAAGAAGAAGUCAAAGAAGAAGGGAAACCAAACCCGAAAAUAGAGGACAGUGAGAGAACUAAGAAGAAGAAGUCAAGGAAAGCAAGAAGGGGUAAAAAGCAUGCGAUGAAAGGUUAAUAUAGGAAAGAUUGUCUACUUGAUUUGUUGCAUCUCUCACGAAUCUUUGCAACAUAUUUGCAUCUUAAUGAAUGAAAUAAUCCGUUCUUGUAAUACAAAAUAAUUUUUUUCUUCUGUUGCAAAUU